UCUCUCUUUCUCUCUCUCUCUCUCUCUUUCUCUCUCUCCCUCCCUCCGUUGCCUUUUGCUUCGGUCCCUCAUUUUCUCAACACUUGGACAGAAGGAACUGAUACUGUGCCGGUGUGCAUGUGUGUGUGUGUGUGUGUGUAUUUGUGAAUGUGUGCACGUGUAGUUUGGGCGUCCUCACAACUCUGGAUCUCUCUGGACUGAACUGUACGUCAACAUGACUGAGGGGACUUUCUAACACACUGCUCAUGCUGAAUGUUUACACUACAGACUGAUGGAAUUUGCACCUCUGGGGACAUCAUAAAGACAGACAGACCAGAAAACAGAUUUCAAACAGUGGCAGAGUCCUCGGUGGCAGUGUCGGCGUCGUGCGUGGCCUUGUUUCCCAUGGACCUACGGGUGGGAGAGCGGGGGAUGCGCCCUGGCUCGGACACUGCGCUUCUCACCCCGCUACACCCGCCUUUACUCCUCAGCCCGUUCUCCCCUCAGCCUCGCACCUCGUUCUCCCAACAGCAACUGCAUCAGCAUAUCCGGUUUAAUAUGGAGCAGAGGAGGCGAGAGCAGGAGCACCACGAGAAACAACAGGAGUUGCAGCAGCUGAAGCACAAAGACAAGAGUCAACAGAGCGCAGUGGCCAGUUCUGCGGUCAAACAGAAACUCCAGGAAGUCAUUCUUAAGAAACAAAAACAGGCGGCGCUGGAGCGAACUAACUCCAACACUCUGACAGCAGCUCCUGUAGCAUACAGAAAGCUGGGCCCAGACCCCAGUGCGCCCUCCCACACUUUGGUCUCGUCGCCGCCACAGCCCUCCUCCGAUCAUUCAGAAGGAACGCCGCUACGUCGAGCAGCGUCUGAGCCAAAUCUGAAGGUGAAACACAAGCUGAAGAAACACCUGAACACCCGCAAGAGCCCACUCACCCGCAAAGAAAGUGCCCCGGCCACUGUCAAGCAUCGAGUACCUGACACACUGGACUCGUCCCCCAGCAGCAGUAGCACUCCAGUCUCUGGCUGUAGUUCUCCUAAUGACAGUCUGCCCAAUGAGAAUGGGCUACUGCCAUCUGCAGGCGGCCUCUCGCAUGAGGCCCAGAGGCUGCUGCUGAGAGAUGGCACUCUAGCUAAUUUCACAAUCCAGAGUCCCUCCACCCUGCCCACCAUCACCCUGGGACUACCAGCCAACGCCAGGACCGAAGGAGAGCUUUCCUCUCUGAGAGUCAGCAGGAUACCAGUGGUUACAGCCGGGGGCUCGCAGGUCUUUCUCCCCCUGAGCAGAGAGGACCAGGCUGGGCAGCUGAACCCUCGCCUGCCUGUCAUCAUCCUGGAACCGUCUGGACUGGUACACACUGUUCCAGGCCUCGACCCUGUCCAGCUACAGUUUGCCCCUCAGUUAGACCACCUUACCCCUGGAGGAGCACAUCCUCACAAGCCCCUGAGCAGAACACGUUCGGAGCCCCUCCCCCAGAGCCCGCGGACACUUCACACGCAUCUCCUCCAUCAGCAGCACAACACGCAACUACUUGAGAGGCUCAAACAGCAAACUCACCUGGGCAAGCUGAUGUCUAAGUCGAGCGAGAAGCCCAGACUGCACCAGAUCCCCUCUGAGGACAUGGACUCAGAGGACGGCGGCGGGACGUCGCCUACAGAGCCAACAUACCAGAGCAGAGUGAGGGCGGAGUCACUGAGGGAGGCGGAGCCGGCAGCAUCUAAGAACCAAGAAGAGCAACUCAACCUGCAACAUGCACUCAUACUCAACCAGUCGUUGCUGUGGGAACAGCAGAAGCAGCUGCAGCUGCAGCAGCUGCAUCUACAAAUGGAGACCCUGGCAGUACCCAUGUUACGGGGUAGCGGGGGGAUUGGUAGUGGGCUGGGAGGCCAUCGGCCCCUGUCACGUACACAGUCCUCCCCAGCCUCCACCUCUCUUAUUCUGCCUGAGAAACCCAUGACCCUGGCCUCACAGGAUAGCAGCAGCACCACACGCUUUACCACCGGCCUGGUGUACGAUUCUCAGAUGCUAAGGCACCAGUGUACCUGUGGGGACAACAGCAGUCACCCAGAGCACGCCGGGAGGAUACAGAGCAUCUGGUCCAGGCUCCAGGAGAGAGGCCUGAGGGGACAGUGUGAGACUAUACGAGGUCGUAAAGCCACCAUGGAGGAGCUGCAGUCGGUCCACACCGAGCGCCAUGUGUUGCUCUACGGCACCAACCCGCUCAACAGACUCAAACUGGAUAACCGCAAACUGGCCGGAAUCCUGUCUCAAAGGAUGUUUGUGAUGUUACCAUGUGGGGGUGUGGGGGUGGAUAAUGACACCAUAUGGAAUGAGUCGCACACUUCGACGGCGUCGCGCAUGGCGGCGGGCAGCGUGGUGGAGCUGGCCUGCAGAGUGGCCAAAGGAGAGCUGAAGAACGGCUUUGCUGUGGUCAGACCGCCAGGACAUCACGCAGACCCCUCUAAUCCAAUGGGUUUCUGUUACUUUAAUUCUGUGGCCAUAGCUGCCAAAAAGCUCCAACACAGACUCAGCGUCAGCAAGAUCCUGAUAGUUGACUGGGAUGUUCACCAUGGCAACGGCACCCAGGAAGUUUUCUACAGCGACCCCAGUGUUCUCUACAUCUCGCUCCAUCGCUAUGACGAUGGGAACUUCUUCCCUGGCAGUGGGUCGCCAGCUGAGGUUGGUUCUGGGGCAGGAGAGGGCUUCAACGUGAACGUGGCGUGGACGGGAGGACUGGACCCACCCAUGGGGGACGCUGAGUACCUCGCUGCAUUCAGGUCGGUGGUGAUGCCCAUCGCCCGGGAGUUCUCUCCGGACUUUGUGCUGGUGUCGGCCGGGUUCGACGCCGCCGAGGGCAACCCCGCUCUUCUCGGGGGGUACAAGGUCUCCGCCAAAUGUUUCAGUCACAUGACCCGCGAGCUGAUGUCUCUAGCAGGGGGUCGUCUGGUUUUGUCUCUCGAGGGAGGUCACGACCUCACCGCUAUCUGCAAUGCAUCUGAAGCCUGCGUCGGUGCACUCCUGGACACACAGGACCCACUGCCAGAAGAAGUCCUUCUCCAGAAGCCCAACGCUAAUGCUGUCCGCUCCCUGCAGGCCGUCAUUCAGAUACAAAGUCAGUACUGGCCCAGUGUGAAGGCCCACAGCGGAACAGUCGGUCUGUCCUGUGUGUCCGCGCAGAGACGAGACUGUGAGGAGGCUGAUGCCGUCAACGCUCUGGCCUCGCUCUCCGUGGGGGUCCAGAGCCUCCCUGACGAGCCGAUGGAGCACGACAGCCACUCCAUGUAGAAGAAUCCGACCAAUCACCUCCAGAACUACCUUCUAGGAUUUGUACCACACACGUAGCCUUAAAUCUCCUGCAUUUUUACACGACCAUGAGGGGGGGGGUUGUAAUUCCGCUGAGUCCCACCCUUCUGCCUUAUCCACGCUCAUUCAAAUGAACCAACACACAAUGCUGAGCCUGAGACCUUCAGGACGAGCAUGUCAGUGCUGGUUACCACUCACCUGGAUGGCUUGGGAGACCUUCUGACGCCUUCAUACCGCUUGUGUGUGUGUCCGGCCUCAGAGCAGGGGACAGACAUGCUUCAGUCUAGCUCUGAAUUCUCUUAAAUGCUCAAUGUACCAGCAAGUGACUUUGUGGCCUUAAGUCUACCUUAACGUAAGGACCAAUAGGUUUCAGACUUCCUAAAUCCCUCUCUCUAUCUGACACUUUGUGGAAUAAACCUACGAUAUCAGGUGACACCUUAUUUGCAAAUUUGAAGAAGAAAUGGCCACAUCCUAGAAAGAAUACGAAGAAAAUAAGACACAGAGAUCGUCUGCUUUAAUGAUGUCAUUAGAUGCAAUUCAACCACUAAAAGAAAACAAAGAACUCAAGGACAACUGUGGUUUUGUAGAAACAAAAGGCAAAGGUCCUUGUUGUUUAAUUGCACUGUUCAUUCCGUAAUGUGAACCAUGGAAAUUCAAAAGCUCUGGUAUAUAAAACAACUCCUCUGCAGGUUAUUUUAUUUCUUCUUUUUUUUGAAGAUUUGGAUGACAUUGUGUCUGGUAUAUUUUUCCCUGAUCUUCAUCUGAGAUGUCUUAUGAAGUCUCUGACUCACCUUUAGUCGCAAUUCUUAUGAAGUUCAGCAAAAGGUUUUAUGAGCAGGAAUAUGUGUUCACCGCUGACCAGUGUCUUAGAUACACACACACACACACACACACACACACACACACACACACACACACAGACACACACACAAACCUAUACACAUGUACAAAGCAAUGAUGAACUGUCAAUGUACCACUAGUAUUAAAUACUGUAUGAUAUUGUUUAUAUUUGAGACUAAAGGAGCGUUCAUUCCACUGUGGCACCCCUGAGGACCAUUGUAUUGUUCUAGUAGCAAUAAUGUUAAUGCACUUAAUGGACAUCACCCAAAGAAAAACUGCCUUUAAACACCCUGCACUUGGCUAUGGGACUGUGGACGCGACACAAGGGACGCAUUAUGAAGUUAUGGAGUACCAUCACGUGACCCACUUUUAAAAGGCAACCUUUGAACCUGUGGAUUUAGGUGAAGAUCAUACAUGCAGACCUUGGUGGGCUGUAUAUUUUGAUGAUCAACCUGGUUUGAAUGUUUUCUUUCACCACUUUUGGAGUUCCGGGCUUUAUCGCAGUCUAAUUAAGGAAACUAAUGCCUUGUGUUUUUGUUAGGAGGUGAACUCUGAAUCGUCUUUUUUUUCCACUUGACACUUGUCUCUGCAACUCUUCUUAUCGUGCUUUAAUCAAGCUGGACAAGGCCUCGCUUAGUAUGUUGAUCCCCUUGAUGUACGCUGACGUUUGAAGUAGAGGUCACGUUGAAGAAUCUUCUCCCUUACCCUGCUGUCGGGGCACGUAAAGGGCAUGCAUUCCAAAAGUGAAAACAAAAUAUUAUAGUUUGGAUGUUUCUCUUGAAAUCUCUCUUUUAUGCAUACUCUGAUCGGCCAGUUCAAGAACAUUUAAUGGCCAAUACUUGUGUUUUUAAAUCGGAGUUUCAGAUAGCUGAGUCUUAAUAAUAAAAUAUGACAAAGUUGCAGCCAAAGAAAACAGUUUUCUUCUUUAGUUAAAGAGGGUUUUUUGUUACAAGCUUCUAAAACUGAAUCCAAACACUAAAACUGUGACAAAUGACAUUCAUGUUUGACCACUUGACACGGCCUUUCUUUGAAAAUGUUGCCUGAGUUUUUACACCCAGGAGGGAAUUGAAGCAGCACGAUUGGAUUUUCAACUCUUGUUGGGAAAUAUUUGACUUUCUGUGUAAAUGUAGCUUUGCAAAAAAAUGAAAAUGCAAAAUAGCAGUCUCCACAGCAGGUUAGUGAGACUGGUUGAAGGAAGCGUUACCAUUUUUUUUUUUUUUCAUCCAAGUAAGAAACCGUUUAUGUGCUCAGUUUGCUUUAGUUGAACCCUGGGCAUCGUCUGCCCAACAGAAGGCCUUGUAUAUUAAGCCAAAUGACUUUGCCUUUGCAGGAGUCCCACUGCUGUUGCACUACUGCCUCAUUCCAGUAGGAAUCAUUUGGAAAAUGUCAGAUUAGCGUUCUGUAAUUGGUGUAACUGAAAAGCGUGUCAUGCUUUCGCUGGUAGUGUAAAUAGUGUUCUCAGUGACGGCGUUGAAACAUUAUGCAGAGUCUCUCUUAGCCAGCGUGCCCGUCAGGUGCACCUGUUGACUAUGGAGUCCAUGGUGUCUAAUGUGUGUGUGUGUGUGUGAGAGGCGACUGCAUUCACCCUGCACAUGUGACAUGUGUUGUGUGCAUGCAUUCGAAAGUGUUAGUCGGUGUAUGUGUGGGCCGUCACAUACUGUCAAUGAGCGGUGUUAUAUUCCACUGGCUGUUCUAUCGUCUUACGGAGAGGCCAGUAUUGCCUCAACUCUUAAUUCCCAUUAGUUACUGAUGUCAAAUGUAACUUUUUCUUAAAGAAAUACUCUGUAAAUAUGAACUCCACGACCAAACUACGCGUGUCACACAUGUGCCUUGAUGCAUUCAGCAGUAGUAUCUGUAUUUGUAACUCUUAACUAACUGGACUUACAGUAACUAUGUGGUAUCUAUAAAUGUGACUUUGACAUUUCUUUUUAUGCUUUUCUUUAUUAUUUACCUGUAGGUUUUAUUUUUCUUCACAUUUCCUACAUAAUGUGUAUGUAUAGAAAGAUUGUCCAUUUUGUACUGUUAUUUUUUCUUUUCCUCUUGAUUAAAACGGUCAUUUCCA